CGCUUCCAGCUGUUUCCAUUUUUUUAUUUCCUUUAGAACAAAGACGCAAAACCCGUUUUCCAGCUUUCGAGCGUCGUCUCUUUCCUUUUUUCGUUUACUUUUCAAUAUUUUCCCUCAAAUGUCGAUUUCUUCUGUAAAUCAUCCUCCAACGGCUACUUUUUCUCAGGAGCCGGAGGUUCCAGCAUAAAGCCAGCGUUUACAACGAUAAGAACAAAUAUCAAAUUUCGGUAUUUUGGUUGUAAUCGGGUGGAGGAAAACAGUGAAUUCCGGAGAUGGAGCAGCCGAAGAAAGUUGCCGAUAGGUAUCUGAAGCGAGAAGUUCUUGGCCAAGGUACUUAUGGAGUCGUCUUCAAGGCUACUGAUACCAAGAACGAACAAACUGUAGCGAUCAAGAAAAUAAGAAUUGGGAAAGAGAAGGAAGGUGUAAACAUAACAGCUCUCAGAGAAAUCAAACUGCUCAAAGAGCUUAAGCAUCCGCACAUAAUAGAGUUGAUUGAUGCGUUCCCUCACAAGGAGAACUUGCAUAUUGUGUUUGAGUUCAUGGAGACUGACCUCGAAGCAGUGAUUCGAGAUCCUAACCUGUUUCUUUCCCCCGCCGACGUCAAAUCUUACCUCCAAAUGACACUAAAAGGUCUUGAGUAUUGCCAUGACAAAUGGGUUCUGCACAGAGAUAUGAAGCCGAACAACUUGCUGAUAGGUCCCAAUGGACAACUGAAACUUGCAGAUUUUGGGUUAGCUCGUAUAUUUGGUAGCCCUGAUCGUAAGUUUACUCACCAGGUCUUUGCUAGAUGGUAUAGAGCACCUGAACUUCUGUUUGGUGCAAAACAUUAUGGUGCUGCGGUUGAUGUUUGGGCUGCUGGCUGCAUUUUUGCUGAACUUCUACUACGCAGACCAUUUCUUCAGGGGAACAGUGAUAUCGAUCAAUUAAGCAAAAUCUUUGCCGCUUUUGGGACCCCUAAAGAAGAUCAGUGGCCAGAUAUGUUAUGCCUUCCUGAUUAUGUAGAGUAUCAACCUGUCUCCGCGCCUUCUCUACGUUCUUUAUUCCCAACGGUUAGUGAGGAUGCUCUAGAUUUGUUGUCAAAGAUGUUCACCUAUGACCCCAAGUCUAGAAUAUCGAUUCAGCAGGCUUUACAACACAGAUACUUCACGUUGGCACCUUCUCCUACUGACCCUUUAAAGCUUCCAAGACCAAUUCGCAAGCAGGACGCUAAAUCAUCUGACAGUAAACUGAAAACCAUUAAAGUGUUAUCACCUGCACAUAAGCUUAGAAGAGUAAUGCCUGACCGAGGAAAGCCUGUGAGUGGUUUCAAGGACCAGAGUGUUGAUUCCGUGAGACAAGCUAGCCAUGAUGGACAAGCACCAAUGUCUUUAGAUUUCACCGUCCUAGCCGAGCGGCCACCAAACCGACCAACCAUCACCAGCGCGGAUAGAUCUCAUCUGAAGAGGAAACUCGAUCUCGAGUUCCUGUAGGAUAUAACGGUAUCAACAAGAUGGCUUCUUCAUGUCAUUCUCAGGUGUUCAUGGCUUUUACUGGUUGGUUUUGGUCACCGAUUCCUGAAAUUUUGUCAUAUACAAUACAACUUAGUAUAGUGAUGAAGAGUAUGGCGAAUCAUUCUUUCUGUUUAUCUGUAAUACAAAAAGCAAAGAAACCUUAAUUGACAGAUGAUUAACUAAUCAUCAUGUACACCCUUCAUAAAUAAAUAUAUCUGCUUUUGGCCUCUGUUUAGAUGCGACUUACAAAGAGAGUUCUGA